AUGAGUUACGGGUCCCAUGAAGAGACAGAGGCGAACCGGCCGACCUGACGGGACGGACGCGCACACGCAUGUCUGCGUGUUUUCUCACCGCGUCUGUGAUUUGAAGAGGCCAUGCGUUUUGGAGGAGAUUCUCUCAGGUGAUACCAUUGCAACGUGGAUCAUCUACAACUACAGUUCCUCAGGAAAUCGCUUUCCCCCCAACAUUGACACCCGGUAAAUGGGUCGCAUUGGGGCAGUAUUGAGACAGGGGAGCUUUACACAGUCAGAAAUUCAUCAUGGGCAGUAUCCUCCACGAUCUCUCAACUCCUCCGCUGCUCAGUGUGGAAAGUACGGAGUCUCACCCUCGGCCUACGUCCUUCACAGAGGAAGCUGUUUCUAUCCCGACGUCCACCAGCCACCUUGCCCGAACGCUGCUGGGCCACACCUCUGCCCUGAAGCCUCAAGAGAGUCUGGCUAACACCAAUACCAAUGACACGGCAGGAAGCGGCUGUGAUGACAAUGGCAUCCGCCGCAAACGGGAGUUCAUCCCAGAUGAGAGGAAGGAUGAAGGCUACUGGGAUAAGCGGCGUAAAAACAAUGAGGCAGCCAAGCGGUCUCGGGAGAAACGGCGUGCCAAUGACAUCGUGCAAGAGGCACGAGUGCUGGGCCUGCUGGAGGAGAACGCCCGUCUCAGGGCUGAGCUGUUGGCCCUGAAGUUUCGCUUUGGCCUUGUUAAAGACCCUUCCCAUGUCAGCAUCCUGCCACUCUCGGUACCCUCCUACACUCAGUUAGUAACCCCUACACAACGACACUACCCGUCCCUGAGCUCCUCAUACCAGAGUACUCCCUCCGCCAACAGCACCCAUCACAGUACACAUUUCCCUCCACAGCAGAGUGCCAUGUAUGGGCUGAAAGAUGCGGGGGUGCCAGCAGGUCACAGCAAGGGUAAUAUAACAGAGGAGUCAGGCAUCUCCACUCCAAGUAGCUCAAAUGUUAGCAGCCCUGUUUUUUUUAAUGAUGGACUGAAUGAAAACGGCUGGCCCUCUCCAAAGUACAGGGUGGAGGGGCAACAGGGUUAUGAACCCAACCUCUGUUCCCCUGAGGUCACCCAGGCACAGUAUGUGAGUAAACAAGACUUUGGGGAGAGCUUGAGGAGCCUACCGCAUAAGCUGCGAUUCAAAGCCCCUGGCGGAGGCAGCGAUGGAGGGGAUGUGCCCCCAUCACAUGACAGCAAACAUAGUUAUCCACCUUUAGCCACGGUGAAACCACAUGUCCAGCAGAUCAACACCAGCCGUGACAGCAGAGGGAUGAAUCAGCCUCUUUGGACAAGGGAGGAGCAAGGGACCAGCGGUGGGGCUGAGCAGCAGUAUCAGUGUGCCUCCCCUGGACACCACAGCUCCUCACCUCCACUGAGCUCCAGUGAAACACGGUACAUGAUGGAGAACAACAAUCUCAUAUCCCAGCUCAGCUCUCUGUCUCAGGACGUGGCUCAACUCAAGAAGCUCUUCUCUCAGCAGGUAUUCUCCAAGCUCGCAUAAGAUGAGUCUUGAGAUGCUGUGUCUGCCAGGCAGGGAGGGAUGCAAAGAAGGGACCUGCUUCAAACUCAAAAAGAUGACCGUCAUGUCUUUCAAAUUUCAAAGACAGAAUGAUGUGGUAGCUCAUAAACUGCAGAUUUUGACAGCAGAGCAGCAGUAUGGCACCUCAUCGCACUUGGUCACAGACAGAUGGAUAGCUCUGAGGAGAUAUACAUUGUGCACCGCUGGUAUGGUCAGUUGUUUGGCAGUGAACAUUCCUGUCCCACCACAAUCUAAAACCUAUUUCACUUGAAUUUAGUUUUGGGCCCUCUUCAUGGACAGAGUGUCAAACACAUCACUAAAAAAAAAAAGAUCCAUUUUAAUUGUAUUGAAAUACUUUUAUUAACUGUACAGCUACAAGAUUUUUUUAAGAAUGAAUUAAUCAACAGAUUAUUGAUGUUGUGAUAAGUAUCAUUUUAAUUUUUUUGAAAGAAUUUGUUAAUUUUUGGAGUCCUUGACUGAACAGGUUAGUUUGAAACACUGUAUGUACAACAUGGUAGCUACAUUUAGAAACAUACAGAAAAAGUCCAAAGAUCUAGUUUGUAUCGCGUCCAUUUUGAAUGUUCACUUUUUUCAAAAGCAACUCUACCUGUGCAUCUUUGAUGUGUCAUUCACUGUAUUUUUACUACUAAAAUGUCUUAUGAUGGUGUGUUGUAAACAUAGCACUCAUUAUUUAAGAUAUCUUAUGAUAGCAUAGUGUAAACAUAGCACUCAUUAUUCAAGCGUUCAACCAUUAUGUGACCCGUACUUGUGAAUAAAUUUCUUUUUAUA